AUGUCUUUAGUUAAUAGAUCUAGUUUACGUGGGAUUAGAGCCACCAGCUUGGUUCGUAUUAGUCCAUUCAGUACUAGUCGUUUGGUAAGACAAUUUCAUGAUACUACUAAUAAACAAAGUACAACUACUGUAAAUAAUGUUAAAUUAACACCAACUCCACCAUCGAUUCAAUCGAAUUCACUUUCAGUUAAAGCUCAAACUGAAUAUUUGAAAACUUUUGAUUAUAAAGAAUUAAUUUCAUUUUUCAUUAUUGGGUUAGCAACUUUAAAUAAACCAAUUCUUAAUUUAUGUAUUAAAGCAUUCCCAUAUGUCCCAAUUUCGGUUAUUAAAGCUUUGGUUUAUAGAAUCUAUUGCGGUGGUGAAACUAUUAAUGAAGUUCAAGAAACUGGUGAAAAAUUAAGUAAAAGAGGUAUCAAUAAUAUGAUGAUUUCUUUAACCAUUGAAGCUUGUAAUGGUAACGAUAAUAUUGAUCCAGAAUAUAUUGCCAGAGAAACUUCUAAAUCAGUUGAAAAUAUCUUAAUUCCUCAUACUGUUAAAAUGAUUGAAGAAUCUGGUAAAUCAAUUAAUGAUAUCCCUGCUGGUUAUGUUGCUUUAAAACCAACUGGUUUUGCUAAAGAUGCAGUUAGUGCUUUAAAAUAUUUCAAAUCUGAUCCAGUUCAAGCCGAAAAAUUUAAUGAUUUAGUUGCAAAAUCAGCUUCUGUUAUUCAAACCAUUUAUGAUGCUAAUAAAUCAUUAGCUGAAAAAUAUCCAGAAAGAGUAGCUCCAUUUGUUGUUGGGGUUAUUGAUGCUGAAAAAUUCGAAUUACAAGAAGGGGUUUAUGAAUUACAAAGAAGAUUAUAUCAACAAUUUAAUAAAUUAAAUGAACCAGUUACCGUGGUUGGUACUUUACAAAUGUACUUAUCAGGUUCUGCUGAUUUAUUAGCUUUAGAAGAACAAUUGGCUCAAAAAAAUAAUUAUAGAUUGGGUUUGAAAUUAGUUAGAGGUGCUUAUAUCCAUUCAGAAAAAGAUCGUGCUACCGUUAUUCAUAAAACUAAAGAAGAUACCGAUAAUAAUUAUAACAAAGGUAUUUCUUACUGUAUUGAUAAUAUCUUAAAUAAAAAGGAUUCAACCAUUGGUCACUUAGUGGUUGCCUCUCAUAAUGGUGAUUCCUUGAAAUUAGCAAGUGAAAGAUUAUAUAACGAAUUGACUAUUUCAAAUCCAGAAAAAAAUAACGUUUGUUUAGGUCAAUUAUUAGGUAUGGCUGAUUCAAUCACUUAUGAUUUAAUUAAAUCUUUAAAUAUCAAUAACGUUAUUAAAUAUGUUCCUUGGGGUCCUCCUUUGGAAACUAAAGAAUACUUAUUAAGAAGAUUAGAAGAAAAUGGGGAUGCCGUUAAAAAUGAUAAUGGUUGGCCCUUAGUUAAAGCUUCUGCUUCAGUCUUAUUUAAAAGAUUAUUCGGUUUAGCUUAA